CGCCCAUCGAAAGCCGUCAGGACGCUCCUCCGGUGCCAAACAUCCUGAGAGCCAGCAACACGAUGGGCUCUCGACAGCUAGGGGAGGUCCUUCUCCGCCCCCCACCGCUGCGAAGCCUCAUCCUUCCUCAAUCGUCACGUCCGGUUUGGAGAUGCGCUUCGCAAAGUGCUCCUCGACUUCAACGAGGUAUCAACUUCAGCACCUCCGCCAGUACCAACGCAGCGCAGAACUCGGCCAGAAACCCUCAGGCCCCGAGGCCUCAACACCAAAACCCAUCCACCGAACAACCUCGUCCCUCCCAAACCGCGACUUCUUCUCCCACACCCUCAAAAGACGACCUCUCCCGUGCCAUCUCCGACCUCUUCCCCUCCUCAAGUCAGGCUGCCCCCAACCGCAAACAAGCGCAGUCGCACCCUUCUGCCGCCUCCGCCGCCAUCGACGCCCUCUUCGCCAAUUCCGGCAUCGGCCGCACCCGCCCAAUCUCCUCGUCCGACGAAUUCGGCGCCGCGGCCGCUGCCGCACGCACGGCUUCUUCUCCAGCGACGCGCGGCCGCGGGCCCUUCGGCGCAAACUUCUCGCGCCCGAACCCCAACCUGCGUCCUCAGUUGCGGACCAAUUGGGCCGAGAUGAACACCCCGGAUGCGUUUCCCCUGCAACCGUCUGAUCUGUCUGCUGCAGCAGUGCCCACCGUGUCGGACAAGGAUAUCGUAUACCCUCGUUUGAACGCCACGACGGGACGCACGAUAGAGUUGGAUCCGAGCCGUGGGAGAGAUAUUGUGCGGGGAUUGAGCAUGCUGGGGCAAUUGGUGGCGAGGAAUAGGGUCAAGCAAGACUUUAACAAACAGCGAUUCCAUGAGCGGCCUGGGUUGAAGAGGAAGAGGCUUAAGAGUGAGAGGUGGAGGGCGAGGUUCAAGAGGGAGUUUGAUGCAACGUGUAAGCGGGUUUCUGAGCUGACGAUGAAGGGUUGGUAAUUCAAUCGGUCAAGGUAGUGGAACAGGUCUGUCUGCACAGAAAAUGGUCAGGGUGUAGAUUUGUAAAUUGCAUUGUACAAUACGAAUCGCCGCACGUUCGUGCCGCUGCUGUUCCUGGUUGCGCA